CCUAAUAUGCAUGUCAUUGGCCAUCUCUCGAAUCAAUUUGUUUCCCGAUACUGUCUUUAACUGUGUCAUUCCUUUAGUCACUUGUCUCAACACUGAUCUACACUUGAAUGCGUUUGCGCAGCUUGUUCAUUUUGCAGUUGCCUGACAUCACGUUCCUUCCGAAACAAUCUUUCAUCAUUAGUAUCUAUCGAAAACGAGUUGCUCAAUCUUGCAACAUUGAAGCAGUUACUGUGAUUGGGAAGGCCAACAGCUGUUGAAUUCUACGCAAGACAUAAGAGAAGAAUUGUCUAUAUAGUAAGGCCAGAGUCAUCGCUGCGAUGUUUACUGGGGUACCCGCCCCGUACUAGAGCAUCUCGUAUCUCUAGGAAUUCAACAAGAUGGGCUCACCUACCUCUGACUCGAUGACUGCACGACGAGGAUGUCGGUUGGCACCUAUCCAGACAAACUUCAGCAGACGGGAUGCUUCGCCUGCCACGCAGGAACAGCGGAACCAUCGCCCACGACCCCAGGAUUACGACCAAAAGCCUGGCGAAAAAGUCCCCUUGCAACCCAAAGCCGCCAAGCGUCAGUCUUCCAUGACCAGUCUGCGCAAUAUCUUCAGUCGGAGGAAGUCACUACGCAAAACACACGGCGACGGCCCAUUAGCCGUGAUAGAUGAGAAUCAAAUAGCGGCAACGCAGAAUAAAUGCCCUGUGCCACCAUCCCCUCUGAGUGCUUCUACUCCCAAGCUCGCCUCUAGUUCGCCUGCACCUCAAGAACCGAGAACGCCUUCCAGGCUGGAAAAGGCAAUGUCGUCUGCCACUGCUUGGGUCCCUCCACCUCUGUUUCAAGCAUAUCCACAGGCAGUCAAGCAUGCUGUUCUCAUGACGCCAUGUCUCUCCGCAGAUUCGAUUCUGCGCAUCAGUACGUCAAGGAGAAGUAGCAGUGCCACGGACGAUACCUAUCGCACUUUGCACCAAAGCAACCAACUGGCAGAUGGCGACACAUCUCAAAGGAAGAAAGAAGACAAGGACAGGAAGCACUCCAGGAAGGUAUCCGGAUCUAUUAGUAAAACAGAAUGGAGAAAAAAGAUUUAUAUUCUUGUGACAUCGGGUUAUAUCCUGCAGUAUUCUGGGGAAGGGAACUUCGACCGACUGCCGGAAAAGAUGAUGCGGCUAGGCCCGAAGUCAGUCGCUUUUGCAAGUGAUGCCAUACCGGGCAGACACUGGGUCUUGCAGAUCUCGCAGAGCUCGGACGACAGUGGUACUGUUGUCCUGGAUGACCAUGGACCGAGAACUCUGCUCUCGCGAUUUGGGCUGCAUGGCACCGAAGCACGAAAAUCAACUCGGAGCUUUCUGCUGGUUCACAAUUCUCCCGAGGAAAUGAAUUCUUGGAUUGUUACCUUGAGAAAAGAGAUCGAGUCUCUUGGGGGAAGGAAAUACGUUGCGGAAUCCCCGGUGGAUGAUCCGGCAUCACACCAGCUACAGAGCAAACCGAGUUUCCGAUACUCGAUCAGGAGGGAUCCAUACCGGUUUCCAAGCCCUUUCUUAGAGCUCUCGCCCUCACCUGAUCAUUCGAUCCGCAAAAAGAACUCGAGCCCAGACAUGACUGCCCAUACAGAUACGAAGUCGAUCAAGUCAAUGAACCGCCGAUCAAUGCCCCCGAGACCUUCUACGGAUGCGCCAUCUUUCUCGACGGCGAAUACUGUAACGGAACUGGAUCAACUUAGGGAGAAUCCCCGACUGUCUUAUGUAUCUGGCGGAGUUCAAACGUAUCCGAGUUCUGCAUGUUCAUCGCCUCCUGCGUCCCCUACGCACCCGGACACUAUGAUUCCUAUAUUCUCUCAGGUGAACUAUUCCACCACAGCACAGCAGACCCGGGCAUCGGCAGCUGUUACUCCAAAAGACAAGAGACGGUCUAUGAAUGCCUGUUCUCCACAGCUAGAGACUAUAAGCAGAGAGCCGUCCAAGUCAUCUAUCCGGUCCGCUGCACCAGUGCUAAACGGGAGUAGCACUUCCGUUACAGCCCCUAAUUUCAGCAUACCCUUCUCUAGGAAGCCUGCUAGGGCAGCCGUUGCAUCAGCGACUGUCCUCCCUCCGUUGGACACGAGAAAUAAGAUCUAUCCAGAGCCUCUUUCGCCUGGUUCUGGGGAUGGAUUCCCUGUUACUCCCUUUCGUGGUCCCCCUGAACCAUCUACGCCCCUGACGCGGAAGAACUCUCAGGCUAGAAGUAUGACGCCUCCGAAACCAUUGGCUUAUGGUCACGAUACGCCUGGAAGUGUCUCCUCCACUCCUCAUGUCUCGCCAAAGUCCUCGGCUCCGAAUAGGCGACGGGAGAAUUCACGCGUGAGAGAGCUCUCAAUUCUCUCGGCUGCCUUUGACCCCCAAGUACCGGCUUCACGUACUUUAAGUACUCCAGCGAAUCCUAUGGGAACAGAUAUCGGAGCCAGUGCAAAACGAACGGUUCAACUGCAACAAGCGACACUUCAGACGGAUCGUACUAUAGUUGGACCAUCUCCAUCAGCUAUACAACCUCAGGUUGGUUACCGCAUAGGUACACAAGUCCAAAAUGGUACAACAUCGCUACCGCAGGGCAUCUCGCAGCCUGUGAACGGGAGAACUCGUCGAGGCUCAUCGAGCACAAGAGCCCAGCAGCAAUAUCAACCAAAUAAGGUUCCAAUCUCGAAUUCGGCUAUGAUCGGUGCUGCAGCUCGUCCUCAGACGGUGGGACGUCUCACUCCAAGGAAGAGCCUACCUGAUUUGUCACUCGGGCCUCCGUCGGCUCCUCCUCCUAACUGUCCAUUACCAGCAGUUCCUCCUACUGCUGGUUCCAAUUUCCAGCCUGCACGGCGAGGCGAUCUGCUCUCGCGAAAGCCUUCUACAGGUUCAUCACGCAAGAACUUUGGUUCAAACCUGCGCUCAGAUACAUCUAAAGUGCAGCCAGAUCACGUCGGUGCACAUGCAAGAACACAACCAGAGCAUAGAAAGUCGAGUUUGGUCAAUGCUUAUUGAGCGUUUUCGGAGCAAACUAUCGCAUUGUCUGCUCUCAGUCAUUACUUGCUUUCCUUCGUAUUAUACCCUCUUCAUCGCGUCAAUUCACUACUACAUUAUUUCUAUUUCUCGGAAAAGAAUCAGCGUGUUCUCCUGUCAUUGCCUACAACUCCAGUCGAAGAUCAUCCAUCUUCAGUUGCCAUUAUGUACAGUCCGAUAUGGUCGCAAUCUAUUGGGUGGCUGUCUGAACUUCUCACUUUGCCUUUUAUUGCUUCAUGAUUUUUCAUGACUGUGUCCAA